AUGGAUCUUCCUAGAUUGAUGUUGCACGCUCAGCAGAUUGAGGCAGAAAAGGGGAAGAAAAAAGAGAGAGCAAAUAAUAGGGCUAGAACUAGACAGUUUGAUCUUGGUCAAAGUAGAUCUCAGAAUAGUAUGAGUGGGAAGCCUAAUCAUCCCCAAUAUGCUAAGUGUGGUAAGAAUCAUGGAGGUGAAUAUUUGUGGGGUCAUAAUGGUUGUUAUGGUUGUGGCCAGGUGGGUCACGGAAUCAAAGAGUGCCCACAUGCUAGAUUGGGGAAUAGAGAUGUUCGUCCUCAGACUCAGGCUAAUUGUGCACUAGAUCCUCUAGGUCGCCCAGCUCCUCCUCAAGGCACAUCAUCUAGUACAAGUGUUGGUCAGUGUCAGAAUUAA